UUGAUCAGUGCUAAAACGGACAACGUUGUUGUGUACAUUUUACUUUGCCAUUAUCGUGAUGGAAAUGAAAUCAUUGGAUCCAGCGCAAGCCUUUAUGGCGAAGAUAACUGAACGGUUUAAGCCGGUACACGAGAUAACUGCUCGUGGAACAUCCAGCGUGCAGCAGUUUUACCAUGGAUCAACUGCAUUCAUGACUGGAGGAUCUGGAUUUCUUGGAAAACAACUCAUUGAAAAACUGUUACGAGCCACUAAAAUUUCUAAGAUAUAUGUCUUACUGAGAUGCAAAAAAGGAAAAACUGUACAGCAGAGACUAGAGGAAACGUUGAAAGAUCCUUUGUAUGACAAGCUAAGAGAACAGCAGCCAGAUUUUGUUGACAAAGUAGUUGCCGUAUCAGGAGACGUAUCGGAACUAAAGCUUGGCUUGAGCGAAAAAGACUGGAACACUAUUGCCGAUGAGGUUGAUCUAAUAUUCCAUUUGGCUGCUACGACAAGAUUCGACGAAACUCUUAAGACAGCUACUUUCAUCAAUGUUCGUGGUACAAGAGAAAUAGUGACUUUAGGCAAAGCGUGUAAAAAAUUGAGGUCCUUUGUUUACGUAUCAACAGCUUUUUCACAUGCACGCGAUGAAUAUGUGUAUGGUGAAGUACUUGAAAAGUUCUCUCCUAGUCCAGUUAGCCCCGAAACCAUGAUCGGCAUAGCUGAAACUAUGGAAGAAGAAAGAAUAAUAGACAUAACAACAAAAUUGAUAAAAAGUUGGCCUAAUACGUAUACAUUCACAAAAGCUAUUGCUGAAGAUAUAGUUAAUACAAUGGGCAAAGAUCUCCCGAUAUGUGUCGUCCGACCAGCAGUCGUGACGUGCACAAUUAGAGAGCCGGCUCCAGGGUGGGUGGACAAGUCUUGUAUCUAUGGAGCCAGCGGGUAUAUGUACGCUGUCGGACUUGGGGUAUCUCACGUGGCUUAUGGUAACCAUUCAAAUCAACUUGAUUUAGUGCCCGUGGACUAUGUGAAUAACACCAUUCUCGCUGCUGCAUGGGAGACGGCUAGAUUAAAAAGUUCAGCGCCAGAAGAAAAUGAAAUCAAGAUUUAUGUAGUGUCUUCAAGGUCUAGAAACCCAGUUACUUGGAGACCACCUGAAGGACAUAGUGGAAUAUGCUAUACGGUGGCGGUGUGUCCUGCUUAG